AUGGCGACAGCUCCAGUGGCCUUGCCACAGCAAGGAGUGGCAUCUCGAGAGUUUUACUUUGCGGGCCAUGUUCCCAGUCAUCUUCGUGCUUUCAAUGGAGACUCGUUCUUUUCUUUGGAGAGUCAGCGAUGGAUGGCAUCGUGCACGGGCGAAAGGAUCAAUUUUGAUCGAUUCUGCUCACUCGGUCUGCCUUGGCAACGCCCACAACACUACGGCUUUGAGGCUACUGAACAGUUCUUCAAGCGCCACUGUCACCCCGACCUUCCUGACCGGAAUGUACUCUUCUCUUUUGUUACUCACUAUAGGUCAUCCUUUGCAAACCGUUGGUUUCCUUUCAUCCACCCUACUCUUUUUGAGUAUACGGUAAAGGCUGCAUACGAUCAUCAGCAGUCAAUUUAUUCGCCUCAUAUCCCAAGUGCCACAGCCUGUGUCUUUGCCUUCAUGGCAUUUAUGAGCUCAUCUUCAAGCAUGACGAAACCGCCCAUGAAUAUCGACGGUCAGAAGUAUGGUCAUGAAGCACAAUAUCUUCUCUCGAAGAUCUUUGAUAGUACAGCCACCUUGGAUGGAAUACAAACGCUCCUCAUGAUUACUCUCGACCGUUCUCUGCGAUUCGGCGAUACCUCCUUCAUUGAAGUGUUGUUCUCUGCUGCUACACGUUUCAUCUUCACUUUGCGAGGAAACCAGUACAAACACAUUUUACAAGAUAUGAAUGUGUUCAACGUACACUGUAGAUUUCUAUUCUGGCUGGCCUAUGUGUUCGAUAAGGAGAUGUCUACACGGACGACUCGCCCUCCAUCGAUAUGCGAUGAUUACUGUGAUUUGACGUUUCCGAGUAAGGAGGAGAUCGCCAUAGAAUUCGACCUUCCCAUUUCCCAAACCGAAGGAGACACUCUACUCCUUCUGUUUCCUACCGACCUCGGCCUCAGCCUUAACCAAUCAAGAAUAUAUACAAGCCUUUAUUCACCUAGAGCGCUACAAAUGUCAGAUGCAGAGCUGUUGAAAGCCAUCCGAGAGCUUGAUGAUGCUAUGGAUGAAUGGUAUAACCGCCUGCAACUGCAACACACAUUUGACCGGCUUCUCUCUGGAGGGAUAGCUUCACAUGAGGAGGUAGCCCAUCGCUUUACGUUUAUCCGUUUGCAGCGUUAUUGUUGUAUUGCUGCUAUUCAUCAAAUGAGCACCGGAUGCGCAGCAUGGAUGGAAGACCAAAGUUGGCGACUGGUAGGGAUAAACCUGAGCCUGGAGGUUGCCAUGAAUGCUAGCCGUUCUCUUCUACGGGAGUUUCUCGAGGUUCUUGAUUGGGCCCAGAGGGAUUCAUUCUGGGUUUUCUACAUCCUAUCCCCUGUGAUGACAGUCUUCUGUAGCAUACUUAGGAGUCCCGAAGGGCCAAAAGCUAACGACGAUCUCGCUCUCCUCGAAACAGUUGCAGAGCGUUUUCGUGUAUUAGCGGACACUCAAGAAUUUCUAGGUUCAUUUCAAGAUGGGAAGUUAUUGAAGGACUUUAUAUCUGAGUUGCAGCGUCUUGCGAAAUGUGCCAUAUUAUACCGAGGGAGCUAUGCGCUUGCCUAG